GUGAAAACAUAUGUUCUCUUGGAUAAUUAGCUUUUCUCUUUUUAGACUAAAUCGAAAAAAAUCUUAAACCUUUUGCUUCGUUUCUUCUUGUUUUUAAUCCAAGUAGGGAAAUAUAGGCCAUAGGUGGUAAUGGAGGAUGGAUUCGUAGGGCUGAGACACAUGUUGACGAUUGUGUUCCUCAAUGGCUUCGCCGGAAUCAUGGAAGCACCUGUGAUUACUGACGUCACCGUCGCCGCCGUUUGCUCCGGACCAGGUGACUCAUGCUCUCUCGCCGUAUACCUCACCGGUUUCCAACAAGUGGCAAUAGGGUUGGGGACAAUGGUAAUGUUGCCAGUAAUUGGAAAUUUAUCAGACAGAUAUGGAACUAAAGCAAUCCUCACUCUUCCCAUGUGUCUCUCCAUUCUUCCUCCUGUAAUUUUAGGUUACAGAAGGGAUACACAGUUUUUCUACCUGUUUUAUGUAAUCAAGAUUCUGACCGCUUUGGUAUGCGAAGGCGCCGUUGACUGCCUCGCCUUUGCCUAUGUGGCAGAGAAUAUUCACGACGGAACAAGAAUAUCAGCUUUUAGUAUUUUAGCUGGCAUCAAAACAAUCUCUGCUCUUUGUGGAACAUUAGUUGCUCGAUUUCUACCGAUAUCUUUGAUUUUUAAGUAUUUUCUGAAAGCGCGAUUUGGAUUUGACAAGAACCAAUUUGCUGAUCUCAUAAUGUUGAUUACCAUCGCUGGGUCUAUCUCUCAACUGUUUGUACUGCCAAGAUUUGCUUCUACCUUUGGAGAUCGCAAGCUUUUAUCAACAGGGCUUUUUAUGGAAUUCAUAUACAUGGCUAUUUUCAGCAUAUCUUGGGCACCAUGGGUUCCUUAUCUCAUCACCGUGUUUAUACCUGGAGCAAUAAUUGUGAUGCCAUCGGGGAAAGUACAAGGAUGCAUAUCUGGAGUUAGGUCCGUUGGCAAAGUCGUGGCACCUUUUGUAUUCAGUCCAUUGACAGCGUUGUUCUUAUCCAACGAUGCACCAUUCUUUUUCCCUGGAUUCAGCAUUCUAUGCAUCUCAUUGCCCUCGAUGAUUGGUUUCUUGCUGUCUCUAAUGAUAAAAGAUGUUCCUGUUCCACCAUUGAACAAAGCAAUCAACAACAGCUCGAGUGAAGAAAUGUGAUUACAGGAACUCAUCAAGAGUGUCGAUAUAGCAUGUAAGAACUCAUCAAGUACACAAAGAGAAACGUGCGUGAGAAUAUGUGUAGCAUGUGAUAAAGAUAAAAUCAAAGAAAUGAUACAUAACUUUAACUUUAAGUAACCAUUUUUUUCGCUGAACUUUUUCAAUUUCAAAUAGGAGGCACAGUAUUUUUAGAUAAGAUCAGCUACAUGCAUUGGCAUCUCAAUAAUCUGCGUACUAUAGUACUGCUCAAUGUCCCUCCUUACAAUCUUGAUAACAAAGUUUAUUGCAACACCCUUACCCCCAAAACGACCAGACUGUCCAAUAGGAUGAAGUCGCGGCUAUUAAGGAGAUCAUAAUUGAUAACGAGCGAGAUGUGCUGCACAUGGAUCUUUUAAGUUUCCGUGAAGACU